AUCAUGGUAUCUAUUGUUUGGUCACACUGAAUAACCGUGAUUCGUCUCUUUACACACCCUCCUAUGACCAUAUAUCGGUUUUAAAGGUUUUAGUGUACUUUUUUCCCUUGCCAGCUUGUGUACAGACAUUGGAAUCGCUAAUUGCUUAAUUAACUUUACACGAAUGCGCCCGAACGAUAUACCUUUUAGUAAAGUGAAAAUCAUGUUUACAGACCUCGUGCCAAAACGAAAUCGGAGACAUCGUGUUAUGUAUCCAGAAACGGAAAGUGUAAAUUGUUGAAUGCUGUGUAUAAUAUGUUUCCAAACGUAUCACCAUCUAUUGGAUUUACGCUGCUUCGGACAGUGCAAUAAGAGUAUAAUUGGUGAUUUACUCUUCACAUGCUCAUCUCACACAUCUGGAGGAGUCCUAAAAUAUUGAGUAUUCGAUUUUGUUUUCCCCUGGAACUGUUUCCAUGCUCUACAAGAGAGCUGGAAUUGGUAUUUCAUUUGUAUUCAUUCGGAGCCACCAGUACGUCCUUACAUAAAAUGGAAAUGGUAUUACCUGGAAAUGCGGUUAUAGGGUAUUUCAUCUACCUCCAACAACAUUAGAACAUCAAACAUCGGGCUACUGUAAAUGAUACUGAUGACUGGAUGAGUACUACAAUAUAGGAUAGCGGACAUCAGUCAAUUGAAACAGUACGCGAAUAGAUUGGGGGAGAUAUACUUUACUUUUGACCGGAGUUGAAAAUAACCGCUCUGCACUAUGGCGAGAAUCAAGAGCCUGAUACGCCGAAACCAGUGCACUAUUCUUUACCACGCCAUUCUUCUCGUCGUCGUUUUUGUAGUCAUUUCCAACUACGGCGAUAUCACCAACGUUGCUAAGUGCAGAUUGUUUUACGAAAGGAGGGAUGUCAACACGGAAGAGGACAACGUGGACAUCAACCCGCCCAUGCCGCUCGUCGACCACGUCGAGGAGUCGUUGGAUGAGUUGAAUUCUGACGUUCGGGACCCUGGUGAAGGAAUGGAGGAUGUGGCACAAGGGCGACCUCGAGGCAAUGCCACCUCUUCCGUCGUCCAGGAAAAUGCAGAGCUUUUAGGAGAAGGUGAUGGUUCCCCUGAAAAGGAUUCUGGGAGGUUCAAAGAUAACCGACAACUUCCGUACGAUCUUCACGAUAUUCACGCUCAGAUACUUCAAAACAUUCCCAUGAUACCCCGCGUAAAUAGAGUCGAAGCGGUGCCGCGAGUUCGACCUCAGAGGAAGCCCUAUGAUCCUAUUAAACAUCACUUCAGAUUAGAGGGAGAAGGUGCAGUUCAUGGACCAGCAAUGUCUGAGAGGGAACUGACGAAGAGGGCGAAUGUUCUUAUUAUUGCUGCAAUGAGGACAGGCUCGUCCUUUCUUGGGGAAUUGUUUCAGCAGAGAGGGGACUUCUUCUACAUGUUUGAACCAGGAAUGCAAAUAAUGCACAGGCUCGACUCAUUAAACCUGACCCGACGAGUGAUCUACACGAAACUCAUCGAAAUGCUACAUGACUUCUACCUUUGCAAAUUCGCUUCCGUUCCUUUCUUUGUAGACGGAUUGAAUCGAACGACAUUAUUCGCCCGCAAGCAAAUGAUUCCCGCCCUAGUUUCACCUCAGUUCUGUCGCAAGCGUAUGCCAGGAGAACGUCCUCGAGAUGCGUGCCAAGAUGUGAGCGUGAAGGUCCUGGAGACUGCGUGUAGAACGAAAGACCACACUGCCGUCAAAUCUAUCAGGGUACUGGACAUUAACCUUAUGAUAUCCGCAGUCAAAGACCCUGAUCUGAACCUGAAGCUGAUCCACUUGAUCCGCGAUCCUAGGAGUAUGAUUUUAUCACGAUUAAAACUUAAUUUUCCUACUGUCAAAGUAUUCAAUGUGACUGAGCUAUCCGAUGUAUAUCGCAACAUCCUCUUGAAGUAUUGCUCCAGCUGGCUCCAGAACUAUGAGAUAGGGCACUAUGUGCCUUUGAUGAGGAAGAACUACUUGAUGGUGCGGUAUGAGGAUCUGGCACUAGAACCCUAUGCUUACACAAAAAGAAUAUACGAUUUCGUUGGUGUUGGUCCUGAAAUUCCUCCUUCCAUGCAGACGUGGUUGGACACCAACACCAAUGUCAACGAUCCAAGCCAGAAGAAGGCUGCAGCCUUUUCGACCAAGAGGGAUUCGAAGGAAGUCUUGGUCAGCUGGAAGUCGAGACUCACCUUAGAGAUGGCUCAAGCCAUCGAAGACGUUGGUGACUGCGGUCGACUCAUGAAAGCAACUGGGUAUAAACUCAUUGGGAAUGACUCUGAGAUGCUAAGCAAUUCCGACCACCUUGUCGACACAUUCCCAUUACCUGAGCUUGAUAUCAAAGCAUUUGACUUUUUGUAGAAGGACAUCACAGAUCAUGUGUGGCUCGUAAUAGCUUGUCAGAUGUCAUUGGUCCUCUAUCGCCAGGGAGAUGAAAGUAUUUUAUAAGUUUUAUCAGCAUAAAUGACAAGACACUCGAAGGAAGCUCACCAAGUAUUAGUGUCUACUUACAAACAGUAACACUUACCAACAACACUCUUAUGUAACAGUCAGAGCAGCGAAACAGACUCCAGACUUAUCAAAGUUGUACGCUAUUUUUAAUGAUACAAUAUUGAUCGAUUUAGGGUCAGUUUCGUUGUUGUGACUUGGGUAUUAACCCAGCAUUUUUUUCUGUGUAAAUGUCAUGGUGAAUCGCCCCCACUUCUCCAUCAUUGGUCAGUUUAUAUCAUCGAAAGUUAACCAUUUUCUUAAUAUUGUUGAAUCUGAAAAUAGCAUUGAACAUGUUGAGCUCCGACAAAUAUGAUUUUCGACGUAGGAUAAUAAUUACAUUCAUCACAGUGUAUUCUUACGAUGUCCGCGUUCAUCGCUAUUUCCGAUUUUGUAGUACCAAACUCUUAUUCAAAUAUUGUUCAAUCAAAACAAGAUAACAAUUCUCUCCAAUUUCCUUCGUAUAUUAGAUGUGACAUACCUACCACCACCCCCCCCCCCCCCCCGAUUUCAUGCGUUUGGCCGUCCUCUAUUUUACAUUGUUUUCGCAACAUUUUUAGACUUGAUUUUUAUGUAAUCAUUUUUUAGGAAAUUAUCGACAUCAUUAUUCUCCUAUCAGGACGUUCCUUUGAUGAAUAAGAAACAUGGAAAGAGUGUCCUGAUUGGUGGAAAUUCAAAUGACGUAUGCUUUUAAUAUAGUCAUCUCUCAAGCGCAUUGUGUGUCCAAUAUAUUUAUAAUGCUUCUAGGUAUGAAUUAUGGCGUCGCUGGUUUUCCAUACUUAAGAUAAAUUUAAAUGAAUUGCUACUUUUGAUAAUGACUUUGCCAUAUAUUAUGUGACUUUUUAAGUGAAAUGUACAUUGAUUCAUUUAUAUAUUCGAUUAUAAUGUGUGUGACUAAUUAACAAAUUAUGUUAGAAAAUUAAGAAUGAUUUUAUCGUUGAAAAUAAAAUUAUGUGGAAUAUUUUCAUAAUCGACCAAGUGUAUAUUUAGCAUAUUUAUCAUUAUCAUAACUUUCUUGUUUUUACUCUGCCAUUCUAGGUAUCUUUCGUAAAACAUACAUAUUAUGUUAUCAAUCGCUCCGUUCUACACGUAAUACAGUAACUAAUAACAAAGUAAUUGUAGGCUUUCGGAAUAUCAUCAUAUUUGGUGACACAUUAUUUCAAAGCUGAAAAACUAAGGGAGGUCUUAGGGUAUAUAUUUCAUCUGAAUACCAAAAGUAUGUGAAAUGCGAUGCCUUGACAACACUGGAUGAAAAAUCGAUUGUUUCAAGGACAUUCUAAUGACAAAGUUUUCUCUAAUUUGUCUAUGAAACAGUUCCAUGACUUUUGCUCCGGCGACAAUUGCUCCGCUGAAAUUUCCACACGCCAAUGGAAUAUUCUAAUGGGGCCAGUUGGACCAAUUGAGACCAGUUGACCCUACAGUAGGACCUUAAUUGAUAUCUAAUUUUGACCCA